AUGAACCUGGUGAGGGCAACAAUUCGUCGACCAUUUGAAGAAUUGAAAAAUAGACUUGUAAUCUCAAGACUGUACCCUUGGAUAAAUAAUCAAUUCCACACCCACACUCACAGACGACUUUCCCAAACAAAAAUGAGUGGGUACCGUGAUCUGGGAAUUGAAUUCCAAAAACCGGUCUUGGAUGAUCGAAACUACCGUUUUAUCGAGUUGCCCAACAAAUUGAAGGCACUUUUGAUCCAAGACCCAGAAACUGAUAAAUCAGCAGCGUCGUUGGACGUAAACAUUGGGUCGUUCGAAGAUCCAGAAGACGUGCCUGGAUUGGCACAUUUUUGCGAGCAUCUUUUGUUUAUGGGGAGCUCUAAAUUUCCUAACGAAAACGAGUAUUCUAGCUAUUUGAGCAAACACGGUGGCGGCUCUAACGCAUACACAAGUUCGCAAAACACCAACUACUUUUUCCAGGUCAAUCACGAAAGCUUGCACGGGGCAUUGGACAGAUUCUCAGGGUUUUUCAGCUGUCCGUUGUUCAACAAGAACUCCACGGACAAGGAAAUAAAUGCGGUUGACAGCGAAAACAAGAAAAAUGUGCAAAGCGAUCUUUGGAGACUUUACCAGCUUGAUAAAUCACUCACGAGUGACAAACACCCGUUCCACAAGUUUUCAACGGGUAAUUUGAAAACACUAGGCAGCAUCCCAAGUUCAAAAGGCGUGGACAUAAGAGAUGAAUUGCUAAAAUUCUACAACUCCUCAUAUUCUGCCAAUCUGAUGAAGCUCUGUGUUCUGGGAAGAGAAGACCUGGAUACAAUGUCAGAAUGGGUGUAUGAUUUAUUCAAAGACGUUCCGAACUCUGAUCGUUCGGCUCCUUCUUAUAACGCCAAAAUGUUACCAUCUGAUUGCUUGCUGAAGAUCAUUAGGGCUAAACCAGUAAAGGAUUUGAAAAAGGUGGAGGUUACUUUUGCAUGUCCAGAUGUCGAAAAACUUUGGGAGUCCAAGCCGGGGCACUUUCUGAGCCAUCUGAUCGGCCACGAAGGCUCGGGAUCACUAUUGGCUUAUUUCAAGGCUAAGGGGUGGGCCAAUGAGCUGUCAGCCGGCGCUCACACUGUCUCCGAAGGAAACGCCAUUUUCUCUGUCGACAUUGAUUUGACUGACGAGGGUAUUGGGAACUAUGAAGAAAUAGUAGUUGCGGUAUUUCAAUAUCUCGAAAUGCUGAAACAAGACCUUCCGCAGGACUGGAUCUUCACAGAACUACGCGACAUCGCAGAAGCCAAUUUCAAGUUCAAGCAAAAGGGCAAUGCUUCUUCUACCGUAUCUGCCCUGUCCAAGGCGCUCGAAAAGGACUUCAUACCAGCUGGCGAUAUUCUAAGCACCGGCUUAUUGCGUAAAUAUGAACCCGAUGCUGUCAUGUCCUUUUUGAAUGCUUUGACACCGGAAAACUCUCGUGUGACGCUCAUUCACAAAGAUGUUCAUACUGACCUAGUUGAGAAGUGGUACGGUACGGAAUACAGUGUUAUUAAGUAUCCAGAUGGGCUACUAAACAAAGUCAAAGCUCCUGGUUUAAAUCCGCGCUUACGUUUACCUCGGCCAAACGAAUUUAUCUGUACCAAUUUCCAUGUUGACAGGCUAGAAUCAAUCGAGCCGUUGCAAGAACCAUUGCUGUUGAAAGAUGACGGUCAGAGCAAAUUGUGGUACAAGAAGGAUGACAGGUUCUGGGUUCCCAAAGGUCACGUAUAUGUCUCGAUGAAGCUUCCUCAUACUUACUCUAGUGUCAUAAACAGCAUGCUCACUACUCUUUACGUGGACCUUGUGAAUGACAGUUUGAAGGAUUUAGAGUACGACUCUCAAGUGGCCAGCUUACACAUCACUUUCAGCAAAACAAACCAGGGUCUAGAUCUUUCGUUGAGCGGCUACAACCAGAAGAUCACUACACUGUUAACAAGAUAUCUGCAAGGCGUUGCCGAGUUUUCGCCUUCUGAGUCACGGUUUAAAGUAUUUCGAGACAAACUCGUUCAGAAAUUGAACAAUCAUUUGUAUGAGGUCCCAUACUCUCAAGUUUCGGACGUUUACAACUCCAUCGUGAAUGAGAGAUCAUGGACCAUCGCCGAAAAGAUAGAAGUCGCGAAGCAAUUGUCUUUCGAGCAUUUGAAAAGCUUCGUACCAACCAUGUAUGAGCAGUUUUUCUUCGAAACACUGGUACACGGAAAUUUUAAACAAGAUGUCGCCAUUGAAAUCGACGAGUUGAUAAAAAUUUUAGCUCCCUCUGACAUAAAGGUCAGUCACUUGAAAGGCUCCAAACCUAGAUCGGUCUUACUACCAGAAGGAAAAACGUUCUUUUACCAGCAGCAAUUGGCAGAUGAGAAGAACAUAAAUUCCUGCAUUCAACACAUCACGCAGUUGGGUGUGUUUUCCGAGAAGCUUUCUGCCAAGGCUGCAUUAGUGGCCCAACUGAUUGACGAACCUGCUUUUAACACUUUGAGAACAAAGGAGCAACUGGGAUAUGUUGUCUUCAGCUCAGCACUGAAUACUCAUGGCACAAUCAAUUUAAGGAUCCUCAUUCAGUCCGAGCGUGAUUCGGCAUACUUGGAGUCGAGGAUUGAAUCGUUUUUGGCAAAAACCGAACAAGAUAUCGAAAAAAUGAGUGAGGAGGAAUUUGAAGGACACAAGUCAGCCUUGUGUAAGACGUUGUUACAGAAAUACAAGAACUUGUCAGAGGAGCACGUCCGCUUCACUACGACGAUUUACGUGGGAGAGUACAAUUUUGUUCACAAGGAAAGAAAGGCCCGGUUGAUUGAAUCGCUGACAAAAACGGAAAUGCUGCAAUUCUACCGCUCGCAUGUUAUGUCCAAGGCGACGUCUAAGCUGAUCAUUCAUUUGAAGUCACAGGUGCAAGACGAAGAGGCGAAAAAGAGAGAUUUCGUGGAGUCACACCCCGCCGGAGAGCAGAUCUUGGAUAUCGGCCGUUUCCAGAGCAUGAUGAGUUUAGCACCUGCACGUCAACCAGUGAAGAAGAUCGAAGUGACACCCAAACUAUAA